GCACACCGCCGGCAGGGCGGCGUGGGCGACGAGGCGUCUCCGCCGGAGUUCCGCGCGGACACCGCGCUGGACUUUGUGAAGGGCGACCCGAGCCUCGAGGGCCAGGCCCCGGUGGCGACCGUCCGCGUGGAGGUUCCGCAGACGUUCAGCAAGUUCAUGGAAGGCAUGAUGUGGCGCAAGGAAAUGGGCGAGAACGAGUCCAUGCUGUUCCAGUGGGACAGGGAUGGCCCCAGGUCCUUCUGGAUGGAGAACACCCUCAUCGGCCUGGAUAUCGUGUACGUCAACCAUGCGGGCCGCAUCGUGUCCAUCGUCCAGGGGAAGCCGCAG